CUCUUUGCAUGGUUUGAGCGAAUGCCCUGAAUGAAUGGCUCGAUAACAUCGCUAGCAGGCAGGACACUGCUUGUACUCCUUUUACUGGUACUGCUAUUUGGACUAUGCUGGAUAGUCAUAUACCUGCCUCAGACUCCCUACUACGUGUUUGGCUCCGUGGUGCUGAUAUUCACAUGCCUAGUGUCGCUACUUACCCUCAACUUUGGCAUUCUUGUCAUAUACGUCAACUACGUUAUCAAUCCUGCCUACAGAAAAGUCAAAGCAAGCACUCAACGCUCGCGUUUACAAAUUUUCAAACCACUUGCAUUCACACAAACUCAAACGUGGGCCGAGAUACUCGCUCAGCGACAGCUUGAAACUGAACGUAUCGACGUGGCACCUAUUAUACCAAGCUCGGUCAGCAUUUCUCAAAGCUUUGACAAUGUGAUAUCCCUGCUGAUCCGGGACUUUGUCAGUGCUUGGUUCGUGCGAAUAUCUCAGUCGCCCAACGAAAUCGGAUUUCCGCAGGCUGUUGAAUCCGCCAUUCGCUCCGCCAGUUUCACCUUAAAGGAACGACUGGAAAAGACCGACCUAUUGGACGUUGCUGUCAAUCGAAUUAUACCUAAAAUAACGGCCCAUAUAUCCGAUUAUCGAGUGGCUGAAAUGCAUAUGCGAGGAAAGACGUUGGAGCGAUCACUAACGCAAUCCGACGAAUUAGAUUUGUUGCUGGCAUCACAGUAUAGAGGUGGUAAAUUGCACGUGGCUCUUUCGACAUCAGCCGUUAGUACCAAGAUCACGGAAACUGCCCAUCUGCGCCAAGUUAUUGGUCGCAUUAUACCACUGAUUAUUCCUGAAAAAGAAGGCCGAUCAGCAGCUGUAACAGUCCUCACUAGAGAAAUCGUCGCAUGUGUCGUUCUACAGCCAAUUUGUGAUAUGCUAUCGGAUCCAGAUUAUUGGAAUCAAACCAUCAAUACACAACUGAGUAAAGCUAUCAGAGAACAGAACAUGGUUAAGAAGUUACGUGAAGUAUUAAACCGACAUGCAGAAGACCUGGACAACGAAGACAUGCAAGCUAUCGCAAAAGCAGAGGCCAGAGCUCACAAGAAAUCCAAAUCGAAGCACCAUAAAGGGUCAGCAAAGACAAAUGAAGAGCUACUCGCUGCGCUACGUCAUAAAGGACAAGGAGAAAUCACCGGAAUGGAUGAUGAGGAUGAUUCAAUGCUUCCGUAUGAUCCGGAACUGGAGUCGCAGCUAGGAUUUGGUCUUACCAAUAAGGGUCUCAGGUCCUUCGAAGAGUUCUUGAAGAUGAUCCAAGAUGAAAAGAACCUACUCGAUGUCAAGAGAAUUCGUAACGAUAUAGUAACGCAAAUCAGAAAGAAGAAAGCCCAGAUUGUGGAUCGAGAACCAGGCGAAAUUGUUAAUGGCGAAAAAGUCGAAGACAUCCUCAAGUAUGUACAUCGUUUAACCAUCGCCAAAACCUACGCCGAUAGACGAAUCGAGAUUUUAACAGGCGAGAAAUUGACAGAUCAGGGCACAUCCAGUAGAAGCAGAUCAAAUCAGAGAGAGCACACCUCCAGUGUUUCGCUGGCUCAAACUGUUGACUUGAAAGAUGUCCUGUCCGACUCCUCCGGCUUAUCUUAUUUCAUGGAAUUUAUGGAUAGACGAGGCGACAUGAUCCGUCUUCAGUUCUGGCUUUUGGUUGAAGGAUUCAAAACGAGUACAAAUGGUCAAACCGAACGAAAUGAUAGUGCUUAUUUGGAUGAUGUGCGCAUGGUCUAUGAUAUGUACUUUUCUGAAACAGCUGUUCACCGCAUAUCAAUUCCCGAUGAUAUCUAUCAAGAUUUGCAACACAUUGUAGAUUACAUACAGCAUCCCUCAGAAGUCAACGACAAUUUUUUGCAGAACGCUGGGAAGGAAGCUAGCCGCAUUCUCGCCACGAUUCAACAGAUCGUGUUUCAAGAUAUCAAGACCAACGACUUCUCGGCCUUCAAGCGCUCUGAUUUGUAUUUCAAAUAUCUCACAACGUAUGCUAAUUCUGACCGCGAACCGCCGACUAAAAGCAGGCGUAGCUUGGAUGAUAGCAGACUACCAGAUAGUGCUACAGCUAAAUUGAUUAGAGAGGAAGACGAAUCAUUGUCAAAACAGCCAUUACUAUUAGAACGCGCUGCGUCUGCAAGGCCACAUUUGUCACCAAAAUGGGACUCAGUCGAUAGCGAGAGAGCUGAAUCGGAUUCUGAACUCGACCACCCAAGAGUAGCAGGUGCCAUUAAGGCCAAUCAUGCAGAAGAAGGUGAAAUUUCAGUCCACCCAAAGAGACCGUUGAAUGCCGCCGCGCAAUUUGGUCGGGCAAGAGGCCACUCGAGAGCUAUUUCAGAUACCACUUCCUUUGGCAAUCCGAAUCGGUUCCAAUCUUUCGGAAAGUUCCUGGAAGCUCCAAAUGAUUGGCUACCUUCGAGUGAGUGGUAUCCUUUCAGAAAACGAAAGGAUGAAUCACAAGCCAACGCUACAGAAAAGAAAAGGCUCUCGAUAUCCAGCUCGAUUCAUUCUUUGGAGACAAAUAGGCAAUAUGAUGAAGAUGACAACAUGACCAGCUCUGUAGGAACUUUGGAUGAAUCCGACCGAAACGCAAUAUUGCAACUGCAAGGCGAAGCUUAUCGGACAGCGACGGUGGAGGCUGUGGAGGCAGAAUUUCAAUCUAUUAUGGAUAACGGCGAAAUGAAUCUAAGCGAACAUGAGGAUGUCACUGAUGGAGACGACGAUAAUCAUAACUUAUCCCAAAGAACGAAUCGCAGUGCACCAGUUUCUCCAAGCUCGCCAAGAGCAACACCACCUCUUCCACAUGGACGGAUGUCUCCUCCAGUCACACGACCUAGAAAACUGUCUACAGACUCUAUGACGCCUCCAUCCAAUCGAUCUUCUCUACUGAUUCGGCCAUCCAAAUAUGCAAAAUCAUCUAUGGCUUUGCCUGUCAGCAAUACAUCUGCUUCCCCCGCGUGGACUUCUGCUAACAAUUCUAAGAUGACCUCCGAAGUGGCUCAUGAUGAGAUGGAUCUUAUGAGUCCCGUUAGCGUUUCCUCCAACUUGGACAAAGUACAUGACGCUCUUGACAAAACAGCAGACGGCGAAUUAUCAGACGUUCACUUAGCGCCACCAGGUGAUUUAAUGCUGGCUGUAAAAAUCGAAAAGCUAUCCGACGACAUCGAAAAAUUGACGCAACAGGAAUCGAUCGUGGAUGCCUUGAUUCGAAAAGCAGAAGCCGCACAAAAACUUGAAGAACUUCGAAUACUUCAAAAGAGCAAAAAUGCGUUGAUCCGAGAGCUGCACCAAAUUCAAUACCAAAAGAGCCAAUACGAAUCCCAGGAGUUCGAAAACGUGCUCGUCCCUGGUCGCACAAAUGUUAGCAUCACCAACUCUACUAUUGGUACAGACAACCAUGGUGAUUAUGCACUCUAUGUCAUUGAAAUUCAUCAAGUUGGAUAUGAUGGCAACUACGAUUCAGGUUGGGUAGUAGGGCGGCGUUAUAGCGAAUUUUAUGCACUUCACCGCCAAUUGUAUGCAAAAUACCCUAUGGUUAGAAUGUUUGACUUCCCACGAAAGCGAGCCAUUCUAAAGUUACAAAAAACGUUUGUGGAAAGCCGUAGAAUUGCUUUGGAGAAAUACCUUCAGCAAUUGAUCAAGAGUCCAGACAUUUGCAAAAGCGCUACCCUACGAGCCUUCUUAUCACAGCAGAAUAUAUAUGCACCCACCAAUGCCGAUCCUACAGAUAGCCAUUCUGCAUCAUCCAGUAGAGGAUUUACUUCAUCGCCGUUACAGCGGACUGGAAGCGGUGGAAGCACCCACUCUACUAGAGGUCGUCCACGAUCGCGACCUAGCUCAGUUUCAUCUGAGAUUAUUGAUGACAUAAACUUCAGAUCCUUUGGAGCCAACACCGGCGACUUUGUUCCUGGUAACCUUCCCAUGGAUACAGACUAUUUGGAACAAAUGAAAGGCCGACCCGGUUUAAAGCACCAAGGAUCGACGGGAUUUAUGAGACAUAUAUACAAAACGGUGGCACAAGGAAUCGACGAUAUGUUAGUGGGGCCGUCCAUGUUGGAUUUGAUCACUCAACAACUCGGUCAACAGGUCAUGGAAUUUUCUGCGGAUCCAUCGACUGCCCCUCUUGUUCCUGGCCAAACACCCGAAUAUUCAUCUGAGUCUGAUAAUGUUACUGCUGCCGUUGUAUCCGCUGCAGCUUCUCUAGGUUUGAAUCUUUCCCAGACCACUCCAACUCAGCCGCAAAAUGAAGCUAUCGAUGGGUUUGGAAAAUCGGCCGAAGCAGAAGGUACCACAAGGUUUACUGACUCUCUUUGCGAUUUAUUUAUCGAGAUGUUCGAACUUCGUGAGAAAAAUAAUUGGCUUCGGCGUCAAGCUGUCAUCAUUGUACUGCAGCAACUUUUUGGCGGUACUGUGGAAAGAAAACUUCGGGAGACAUCCAAAUCGCUCCAAAGUGAGGACAUGAUUCUACUUGCUUUGCAAAAGAUCACCGAUUCGCUGUGGCCAAAUGGCGAACGGGCACCGCCAAAAGAAGCCAGAAAACACGAGCAACAGAUGAAAGAAAGGGAAGAAGCUAAUCGUAAAUUGUCAACGUGGUUACCAGACACAAUUGGCAAUAUGGUCGGGCGGCAGAAUGCACGAAAAGGUGCUAGGCGACUCUUUACUGUCUUACAAAACAAAAGACUCAACCAACAACUCGUAUAUACCAUGUUAGAUGAAAUUUUCAUAGCCCUAUUCCCAGAGUUGGAAGGUUUGGACCAAAAACGCAUAUAGAGGUCAUUUUGAUCUGGAUGAUUGACAGACUACCUAUUACUAUUAUUAUUAUUUAUUGCAUACCUUGUCAUUAUACAAUUUUCGUUUAAUACUUAUUUUAAAAAUCCUC